AUGUCCCGUGUGGAGGCUUAUGGAGAUUCGGAGCUGCGCUCGCAGCUGAAAGCAUGUAGAACUGAGAUCGCGAUGGCAAUCCACGACGCGUUCCCCCUGCUGUAUGGCCUGGCAGAUCAUGAUAUCAUCUCUGACCGACUGCUGGGGGAGACCCUGGAGAGGAAGAAGAAGGAUGGAAUCCAUAAGGCUGUGUAUUCUCUCCUAACGUGGCUUCUGGAGCAGGACACCUCGGUUCUCCAGGCUUUCUGGGACAAUCUCUCCAAAGAGUACAAUCAGGAGAGCUACCCCAAACUGCAGAGCCUGUUCGCUAAUUUACCCAAAGGACUGAGGCUGGGGAGCAGGGCUGCUAGGAGCCCCAGACUAGAGCUGCAGAUUCAGGGUCAGCUGGGCAAGAAGAGGGGUCUCAGGGAGAAGCAGCUGACCCAUCGCCCACACCACUACUCCAAGAGAGCGCUGCAGCCCAGCUCAGGGGGAAAAGGAAAGCCUGUGAGGAAGACAGACAGCACGUCUCUCUCUCAGGUUUCAGUGAGCAAAGGCGUGCAGUCUGUGUCCGCCUCGGUCCAGCGGGCUGUGACACUGACCGCUGGUGAACUUCCUGCAGGCUGUGGGAAGGUGGAGGAAAUUCUCAUCCAGCAGGUCAUCGAGUCUGGAGGGGCUAAGAAGUGUAUUAAAGUUGGAGGAGAGUUUUAUUCCUCUGGAAAGCUGGAGGAGACAGCCAGCACUCACAUCCCACAGACAGUGCAAAGUGAGGGUCACCAGCAGGGGGAGCCAAACACCAGAGCUGUGUCAAACAUUCAAAUGGUCUAUUGUGUUUGUGUCUGAAUAUGAAUCCAUCCAAUCUCCAUGUCGUGUGUGCACCUUCAGGUGGAGCGUAAUGAUGACGAGUGUUCGGUGUGUAAAGAUGGAGGAGAGUUGAUUUGUUGUGAUGGAUGUCCUCGCGCUUUCCACCUCAACUGCCUGGUGCCUCCACUCACCUCCAUACCCAGCGGUACUUGGCGCUGUAAGUUCUGUAACGGAAGCCGAUCGAUGGUGGAGAAGACAUACACGCCUCUGCAGCCUCCAGUUCACACUCCUCUGACUGAGAGCAGCUCCAGCUCCACGGUGGACUUCUCUUUCUUCUCCUCCACGUCUCUCUCUGCAGUCACAGGCAGCAAGAGCACACAGCCUGCAGGAUUCCAGUCUGCAGACCCUGACCUGGCGGGCAUUAGGACCCCCUGUGGGAUUUGCCAUCUCACCCGUGGAGAGCUGCUCAUCUGCCCUCAGUGCCUGCAGAGCUACCAUCUACACUGCAACUUCCCAAAUGGGAGAUCUAGAUGCAGAACCUGCUCCAGGAUGUGGGGGUCAGCAGAGAGUGAGACACCAUCCAGGACUGUGCAGGUGUCUCAGCGUCCUGGUGACCAGGGUCCGGCUCACUCUGAGCAGCAGAUCAUUAAUAAAGAGGAGAUGGACUCCUUCAUGGGGGAGAGCUCGAUUGAUGGGAUCCUGCAGUGGGCCUUCCAUAACAUCUCCCGUCCACUGUCUGAGACUCAGGGCUACUUCCAGUGACCCUGUGAUGGCCAGAGGAUCAUUCUUAAUGUGGUUAGUUGAGGAAAUGUGGAUUAAUUGAUUGGUUCUAAAGCAUGGCUGGAGGUGCGGCACAGUCAGACCCUCUCUCCAGCUCCUCAGGGCUGUAUGUCACAUGAUGACGCUGACCUAAACAUGUUCAUUAUAUAAGAUGUGUUUGUUUGUUACUAUCACACUUAAAAUAACACUGGUCUGGUAAA